AUGCAUGGCAAGGCUCCAUCGACCGAUGGAGCUGUUGCUCGUAGACCUUAUGCAUCGCGGAUUCACCACUCUGUUGGUUCGUGGACCAGAUCCUGUAACUCCAUCAUUAAGGUGUUGUACAAGAAGGGUGACCGGUCGAACUGCAACAACUUCAGGGGCAUCUCGCUGCUCUCGCAUGUAGGCAAAAUACUCGCCAAGACCAUCACCAACCGCCUGAGCGCAUUCUGCGAAGCCAACGAAAUCCUCCCGGAGGAACAGUGCGGGUUCCGGCCUGGCCGAUCCACGGUAUGCAUGCUGUUCGUUGUGCGCCGACUCCAGGAGCUGGGGCGGAGGAGGAGAAUCCCGCUCUACAUGUGCUUCAUCGAUCUGCAGAAGGCCUACGACUCGGUGGACCGGGAGCUGCUGUGGAAGGUGCUGGCCCGGGCCGGGAUCCCCGCGGAGAUGAUCGCCGUCAUCCGCAAGUUCCACGUCGGAAUGCGGGCCCGGGUCCGCACGGACGAUGGGGAGCUAUCGGACUGGUUCCCGGUCACGCAGGGAUUACGACAAGGGUGCUCAAUGUCCCCACUGCUGUUCAACGUCUUCUUCGC